AAAAUACUUUAUAAAAUCCCCUGAAUACCUUUAAAAAAGAUUGUUGGUUUGUUUGUUUUCAUUUGAACGUGGAAAGGAAACCGAAGCGAUAAAAUAUUUAUAAAAGAUUGCGUACUAGUCUUUACAAGAUGAGCUUGAUUUUAUUCAAUACCGUUGCUCUAUUGUAAGAAACUUCUAUACUUAGAGGUCUUUGACCCAAAUAUCUGCAAAUACAAAAAUAGACGCUUAAAACUGACUGGAUGAAUUUUAGUAAGUCGCCGAUCAGGCUGUUUUUAUGGUACAUGGAAAACGAUCGAACAAAAACAGAUUCUCACAUAUAGUUUAUACGAAUCUUCCAUUUUGGCAAAACAGUUACUAGGGUGUUUUAUAAGUGAAUGGUAGUAAUGUUUGCAAUAUUAAAAUGUCAGACGUAAUUUAAAAUCUAAAGUCUACAGCAUUAGGUCUAAUUUAAGUGUUUCUUCGGAAAGAUCAAAAACAGUUGAAAUUACGCAGCAUUACCAAAAUAUCUAACGACCUUUGAUCUUUCAGAUAAAUACAAUAGUGUAGUUUGAAGGUCUCGCAUCGAGUGGAUGGAAAUGGAUUGAAAUUAAUACUUUUAGGUGCCGUCGGUAGAGGCUGUACGAAAACUCAUACCUUGAACUUGCAGAGCAAACAAACCUGGAUUCGUAUUUAUGUGAACUACUACACGUUUUCUUGAAUUUCACUAAAAAUGGGCUUCUUUCUAUUUUAACACUGGGAUAAAGUGAGCAGGAAGAUGUUACGUUAAUUUGCUGCACACUGUGAAAUUUUCCUAAAUUAUCGUACAAGUGUGCAAGUUUUCUCUGUAUCAUAUUCGGGUGUGAACUUCACACGCUUCUGCGAUGUUCGACCCCAGCCUAUUGUAAAGUCUUGGCGACGACAAGGAUAACGUUACCCAAAAAAUUGCUUAUUCAAUAAUUACCACUUAAACUAGUUUCUAUGAAAUUAGCUUUUUAGCUCCAGAUAAGCAAAGAUAGCCGACAAAGAUAGUUGGGUUUACGGCACUGUUAUCGUUCCGUCGUGAAUUGGUGGAAAAUGGCUGAAGUGUAUCAGACAGUAUAUUUCACGUCUGGUUCUUUGCAUUUUACCUUCUUUUGUUUGCCGUCGUUCGUUUUCAGUUUUAAGGAACUUAUUCCUAACGUCUCUUUUCAACGACAAGCUAAUAAAAGACACAGAUGGUUAAUUUAACCCUCGCGUUUUCCACCCCAAGCUCGGAGGUCUUCGCUCAAAACUUACCGACACUUCACGGCUUAAGAAGGUCAGAGCUGGAUGUCAACAGGAGAAACUGCGUUUGCAUGAUGUCAGCUUUGACCACCUCACCGGCGCUGUAUCCCUCUUUCACGAGCAUGCCUGAGUUCGAGGCUCCUUAUACCGGUAAAUCUCGUGCCGCCUUUAUAGCGAACGAUUUCUGCAAAACCUGAGGUGGGUAUUUGCUGUUUUUGCACGCACAAAGGAGGGGAUAUCGCGUGAUAAUGACUCGGCGUGAAUAAUAAGAGGAUGUGAUAUAUUGGAAGAUCUAGGGUGUCAGCGCUUAUUGCAAGUAUCAUGAGCUUGUAACAGUACCCGUUGAUAGCUUGUAUACUGAAAAAAAAUAUAACUUUUAUGAAGAUCGACCAUUAGUGCAACAAAUCGACUAAUACAUGCAAUCAACUUUUAUGUAAUAUGAACUCUCCUUUAUCUAAUUUUAACUAAUGUGCGUCAUUGUACAUCUUUGUUAUCUAUAUCUAAGACGUGAUCAAGACGUCAAAAACGAACGGAAAAAAGUCAUUUAAAUCUGUUUUACUGAAAAUGAACACUUUAACGAUAGGAGCAAACGAUAAAUGACACCACCUAAUAAUGACGCUUUUCCACCAAUUCUUACUUCUUCCAUCCGUAAGACAACCUGAAGAAACAGACAAAAGAUAACUUAUUUGUCUCCGAGAUCUUAACAUUAUAACCAAAGGUUUUUUUUUUCAAGUUCGAUAGCUUGACAAACUGACACAUUUUAUUUAUAGCCCGUUUUAGCUAGACAAAGGACGCAUUAUUUGUCAGUUAGUCACUGCGGGUAAUGCAUACUGUAUUGCUUGUUACUUAUCUGUUUAUGCAGUAGAUAUUGAUAAUUAUUAACCUGUGAUGCAAGAAGUAUACAUAGUUAUUCACACCGUGAAGCAAAGGAGUCGAUAGUUAUUCACUCAGUGAUGCAGGGGAUAUACAUAGUUAUUCACCUAGUGAUGCAGGGGUAUGGCUAGUUAUUUACCCCGCAAAUGGUUCGCGCGAUGCAUGGGGCUUUGGUUGGAUACGCACCCCCGAUUGUGCACGGGGUAUUUAUUGUUAUUCACCCAGUAAUGCAGGGCUAUUAAUGGCUAUUCACCCAGUAAUGCAGGGGGUAUUAUUCUCAAGUGGUAGAUGAGGAUAAUCCUUAUGCUUUCGUGCUUCCGCACUUAUCUUCAGACGUUAAGUUUCAUCUGAGGUUUCUUUGCAUGCAAUCGGCGGGCCUUUUGUAUUAAAUCAUGCAAUAGAACUAUGACCAGGUCAUAGUUCCAACCUCCCCCCCCCCCUCCCCACCACCACCAUCUCCUUGUCUAUAGAGAUGUUGCCGUAACGUGUGAUUUAAAACUCAGCGCAUAGUGCACACUGCCUUAGCAACAUGUUGCACGCUUGUCUCCGCCCUUCUUAGGCAACACUCAAGAUAUUUCUCCCUUUCUUGUGACAUGUUGCCUUGCCACACUCGCAGAGCUUUUCUCUAAUUCCGGAUGACCAUCUCUCCCCUCCUCCUUUUAUAGGUUUAUUUUACUCACGUUUUCGUUGCUAUUAUAUCGCCCCACAUAUGACGUCAUUUCUUCACUUAAUCACUCACCCAAACACUCGACGCCGUUUGGCGGUUAAUGGGCUCAUUCUAUAGGAACCCCUUUUCGAGAGAUCAUCGAGGGAACAAUCGAGAAGGUCUGCUAAUUGCCGGUAGUCUUUGAUCUAUUUCAUCGCCACUUAUUGGAACGGCUUCUAAGGUCAAUGCCACGUUCAACACAAAUAUGAGCAACAAAACAGUUGAUCUUUUCUGAUCUUUCUUGGAGAGUUGUUGGGCUUUUUAUACCAGUGAGCUUACCAAAAUUACUUGUUGCAAGUUAAAAAAAGCUCGUUGCAGGGUGUUCUACCAUUUUAAAUAAAUAAAUGACUUGACAUUGCGUUGCGUGCGUUGUGCGACUUUUAAAACCUGCUUCUGAGAAAAAAAUGACGUUGAACAAAAACAUUGUCUAUUGGCACUAUAAGACAAUGUUUUCUCAGCAACAACAAUUUGGACCCUUUUUUGAAAAUGCAAGAUGGCGGCUACGAAUCGCUCAAAGCUGGUUUUUCGCUAUAAAAACACCGGGUGAACGCCGUAUUGCAGGCUGCAAGACCAAAUAAGAGGAAGUACCGCUUGGAGGACUUGUUACCAACAGUAAUGAGUUUUUUUUUAUUAUUUUGCAGCCUUUUUGCAGCAAACGCUGAAUUAUUAGGUUUGUCAGCACUAUAUCAAUACACAUAUUACAUUUUGAUAUUUGAUGGUGCAAAAAAUUACCAACCAUUUUUAUUUUCGCUGAUACUGUUACUGUGGAUGUUGGGCCACAUCUAAGUUCGUAAGGGUUUUCAUGCAUUGUGCUACAGACUGAAACACCAAGAAGCGAGGAGGAGGCCAAUCUGAGUGAUUUAAGACAUGCAUCUAAGCCGUCUUCUCUAGACUGUGGUUUCUGUGAUAGUGGCUUUGUAUGAAGUAGGUAAAGCAUGCAAACCGAAAGAUUCCCAACGUUUCAGUCCUCCAUCAGUGGCUUUUAAACAGGAGAGAGUGAUCAAAAUCUGCCUCGCCCCUAUCCGGGGGAGCAGUGGAAUAUGGUUUGUCUGGUCCCUUCCUUUCGACUAAACCAUGGGUGCCCCUACCAAUAACAGAUAGCUCCAGUCGACAUUGCUCUUAAUGACACUGUUGACCGCUUUACCGCGGUGGAGUUGGUGAUUCCAUCGAGGUACAAGCAGGUGUACCCUUGGCACAGUUUGUGUGGUGCUGUGUGUUAGUGCAUGGCUCAUUGUGCAGGGGGUCCCUAGGUACAGCUUGUAUGGAGCAGUGUGUUGGUGCAUGGCUCACUAUGUAGGUGGUCCUAGGUACAGCUUGUGUGGUGCAGUGUGCUAGUGUAUGGCUCAGCACUUUGAAGGUGGUCCUAGGUACAGCUUGUGUGGUGCAGUGUGUUGGUGCAUGGCUCACUGUGCAAGUGGAUCCAUACAGAAAGCUGUAUAUACAAUAUUCUGUACAAAAGACCACGUGCAUAUAGCCAUAGGUACAUGGUGGUAUACAAGUUCGCUUCGCCGGUGGUCCAUUCAUGUAGAUCAUUGUCUCAUCAAACGAUAGUUCACAGGUGGGACCAACAUACCCUGAAAAGGACGAGUUUCACCCUUGAUAGUCUUCUGCGAAGUCGUUCUUGGGGUCGUCGCGCAACGCCACUAACGGCAACGCCACAAAUGUACCUUCAGGCACAUCAAAAGAUGCACGACUUACGACAUUACAAGACGGUGCCGACACAGGGAUUUAUCGACCAAAUCCGCAUGACUCUUCACAUGUUAGCCUCGCCACUCGACUCCGAGGCAGAACAUCGAGCAUCGCAACCAAAGAGGGCGAAACUUCCGAAUCAUUGCACUUCAAGUCCUUGGAAGGCCAUCUUAACGACCCGACGCGCUUGGCUCGUUGUUGUGUUUGUUUAUCUCGCCCUACCGGAUCUGUCAAUCAUUUCCGAGGCCUCACCGACUAAAGUCGUUAAAGUAAACAACAGUAAUCUUCGCCACUCAGGGCAAAAUGGUGAGCCGUCAAGGGAAAGGAGACCGGUCAAAGUCAAUGACCUGCUGUUGUCCCAAAUCACUCAAACACCUUCUACCACAAGGAUAGUGAAGAUGUUUUGCCGAGUUGGCCGCUUUCUUGCCAUGAAUGAAAAUGGAACCAUAUCGGGUACCCUGAGUCAGGGGGUGAAUGAGACCUUUGAAUUACAGUCUUACGGUCCAAGCAUCGUGAGAAUACGACACGUGAAAACGGGAUUCUUCAUCGCUAUGGACAGACGCGGCCGUCUAAGGGCCAAGCGAGUAAGCGAGAUAACCGCACUAACCCGUGAAGCCAACUUUUUUCAGAAACACGAAGAGAAUCUUUUUGUUUCUUUUGCCUCGGAGAAGUUCUAUAUGCGCAACGCUUUCGACAUGUUUCUUGGACUGAGAAAAGGGGGAGAUCCGAGAAAUCCGACCCAGACUCUCCCCGGACAGGAAGCUGUUCAAUUUCUGCUGCUGCAACCUUCGAGAUAUCAAUAAGAUAAUGCAUGCGCUAACAUAACACGAGGUUUUUUCGACCGUUAGAUAAAAUAGCAAGUCGACUCCGGUCCAAUAUCAGGGCCCAACUUGAAAACAUUGACAUAUCAAACAUAUUUUUUGAAAAGUUGUCCUUUGUCCCCUUCAUUUUGUUUUCGUGUUUUUUUUAUUUUGGCAGCCAAACGGUUUCUAAUGUGAUAAAUUUCAGUUGAUAAAUGUCACCCAAACUUGAGAUAAUUUUGUUUUUCUUUUUCUUUAGUGGCAGCCAUUUUGAAUAGACUCCAGGAACACUCGUUUUCUACUUCCACAGGCAUUAACGCGUGCUCGUACCGCCAAAUCCACUUUAACCAUUUAGACAAAGGACAUCACAUGUCUGAUAUGAAAUUUAUUUAGAUGAUCUUAUUUAAGAAGAGGCUUAAACGAAUUCUUAAAACAAAGACAGAGAAUUGUCUGCAAAUUAAUGCAUGGGUUACAAGCAAAAAAGGAAAUAAAAAGGCAUGAUUUGAAGGGAAAAAACAGCUUCAGAUGUAAGCCUGUCAAAUAAGAAAUGGCGUCUCGCUAAAUCUGGUCAUCCGUGCCCUUUUGCUUCUGUAUUUCUCUUAUUUGCAUGAAAGAGAAAACCUAAACGAAAACAUUGGUAAAUUAUACUAAGACAAGCUUCUAUUAAAUGCAAAAUUGGUGAGACGAA